GGAAAACAAUAUGGUUGAACAAUGGCAAUAACUAAAACUUCAAGUUUUUAUCAAUUGUAACUUUGGAAGCCGAACAAAACAGUUUCUACAAGUUUUUUAUCUUAAUAAGGUGUAAAUAACUCCAUGGACAGCAGAAAUAACGAACGUUUAUCAAAAAGAGUUUAUGCAGAAGGCGAGCCAGCAUCCAAGCGACAUUGCUCACAACUUUCCGAGAAAUCAUCGAGAUAUUCCAAACCAUUUAACGGUCAGCUAGAGGAGAAGAACAAAGUACAACCAGCGAAACGAAAUGCUCCACAAGACAACUUGUCUGCUCAAAUAUACGUGAGAAAGCUCGCAGUGUUUUGAUAUUUUGGACUGUGUGACUUUUCAAUAAUUUUUUUUUUCAACAAUGGAACGAAAAUGUUCAACUUCAUAAUAAAAUUUGCAUUAUUUU